AUGGUGCCACCCUUUGUCCAACUCUUUGGAAUACACGCAUUCAUCAGGUCGGAAGAGGUGUUGACUCAAGUACCACUGGCAUUUGUCCUAAUGUCGUGGUGGCAGACCAUUGAUUAUUUAGAGCUAUUUAAUACUCUACUCAGAAAACUGUGGCAGCAGCCUCAAGUUAAGAGGAUAGUGUCCGACUUCGAAGCUGCUAUGUGGGCUGCGAUACGUGCAGUUCUACCUCAGAUCCAGACCAACAACAACACUGAAGGUUGGCACAGAAGGAUCAACGCCAGAGCUACAAGCGAAGGUAUCCAGUUUUACCUGCUGGUGCCUCUGCUUCUGAGGGAAGCCAAGUUGGUUGAAAUGGCCAUGGAGAGGGUGAGCGAUGAAAGGCUGGGUCGGAUGCAAAGGGCGAAGCAGAGGACCAGGCAGGGCGAAGUGUUUCAGAUCUGGGAACAAUACCACCAGGGUGAUAUCUCCGCCAAGCAGCUGAUUCGAGCCAUUUCAAGAUUGGAAUGA